AUCAGCAACGGGGGGAGGGGAGGCGCUGGUCGCUGCAGGAGCUGCAGCUGCUCGGCUCUGUGCCUCCCCUUCCCGCCGGCCGCCCGAGCCCGGGGCCCCCAUGUCCCACAGGCGGGGAGCGCGGGAGAAGGCGGAGGCCGCCCCCGCCGAGAGGCGCAGCCACAAGCGGCCCAGGAGCCAGCGCGAGCCCCUGGCAGGCAGCAGCGGGGGCUGCAGGGAGCUGGAGCGGCAUGAGCAGAAGAGGAAGAAGCGGGAGGUGCAGCAGAUCCAGCAAAUCCAGCACCUGGAGUCCUUUGACAUUUCGAAGAAAGCGUGGGACCUGUAGUUUGGCAGCAAAGCAUGACCAGCAGGAUCCCUUUGAAGUGAAUGAAAAAAUGUUCAAUCUAUGAGAAACCUCCUCCAGGGCUAAUUAAGGAAGAUGAAACUAAGCCAGAAGACUGCAUACCUGAUGUACCAGGCAAUGAACAUGCCCGAGAAUUCCUGGCUCAUGCCCCAACUAAAGGACUCUGGAUGCCAUUAGGAAAAGAAGUCAAAGUUAUGCAGUGUUGGAGAUGUAAACGUUAUGGACACAGAACAGGAGAUAAAGAAUGCCCAUUCUUUAUUAAAGGCAAUCAGAAAUUGGAACAAUUCAGAGUAGCACAUGAAGAUCCCAUGUAUGAUGUAAUAAGGGAAAAUAAACGCCAUGAAAAGGAAAUGAGGAUACAGCAAUUGAAGCAACUGCUGGAAGACUCUUCUUCAGAUGAAGAUGGAAGUAGUGGCAGCUCCAGUUCCUCAGAAUGUAAAGAGAAACACAAGAAGAAGAAAAAGAAGGAGAAAAAGAAAAAGGAAAAAAAGAAGAAAAAGAAAAGAAAGCACAAAUCUUCUAAAUCAAAUGAGAGGUCAGAAUCUGACUGACAGCAGUCACCUGCUAAGUGCUUCUUGACCCCAGAUUGUGAACUGUAAGGAAACAUCCAAAGAAUGAGAAAGAAACAACCAAAAAGGGCUUUGUAAUAGUCUAGGAGAACAUACAAACGGGUACGUCUAAUGUCCCAUUUGUGCCAUCCUUUUCCGCCUCUCUGCUGUGGUGCCCCAAGCAAGGGAUGAGCUCAAUUAUGGCGGUUUAACAAGGAAUGAUUUUACUUGAGCAUACCUAUGUACUGUGAAACAUGGGCUAAUGAUCAUCUAACUUGAUGGUUGAUAAAACCUCACUGUUAUGCUGCCACCUGUUAAAACAGCCACCACCUAAGGGACUGCUUACAGAUUUCAGCAGAGUACAGCGGAGCCCUCUAGUGAGGUAAUGUUUACUCCAUAAAACAAUUUAAUUACACAGAGAGCUUCACUGUAAUGGGAAUUGCAGUUUGUACUGUGCAAAGCAUUGAACCAUGUUAGGACUUCCCAUUUAUAGCAAACAACAAUGAAUGUUGCUACGUCCAAGCUAAGUGUAAUCAGGCUGUACUGUAUCUUCCCUGCAUGCUGAUGGUCACUCGGAUCAUCCCACGAUUGGCAGCUGGCACCGCUUUAAAAUGUCUGACAUAAGGAAAAACCUAUUAAUGUUAAUGAAGAGGUUUUACUUUAAGGCAAAAAUGUAUUGUUAGCAGGGUUUAUUUUUAUUUACUUGAAGAAAAGCUCAGUUCUGAAAUUUCAACUAUUUCUGAGCCCCACUCUACAACAUUGACCUGCACCUACUCAUUGAAGUAAUCCUAUGAACUGCAAAAUUGGGCUCCAUGUGUGAAAAUCUCUUGCUAAAUAAUAAUAAAACUCCCCCACUAAUUUUGCUGACAAAAGCUAGCAUGUUAGUUGCUUGGAAAAGAGUUUUCUUGUUUGAAAUGGAAUGGGUAACAAUGUUCUUCUGAGCAUUGUUCACUAUCGAUGUUGUAUUGAUACAUGUUUGUUUCUAAAAAGGUUUGGGGAAGUAACUUUAAACGUGUUUUAAUUUUACAUAUUUAGUAAAAUAUUUAAUUCUGUAA